GGUUGGAAAUUCAGAGGCCACGAACGUGAAGUCAUCCAACCCAGAAAAUAUCCAAAACAAAUCAAUGGAGCUCUCUUCCGUCCUACCCUCCCUGUCCCCGCGCAGCGCCCUCCCCCUCUCCCUCUCCCCCGCGGCCAAGACGGUUCGGCGGCCAGCCGCCUUCGCCUGCCGCUGCUGCCGCUCGGACACUUCCCCGGAAGGGACAACCACCCGGCGAUGGUUCGCCUCGCUAGCCGCCGCCACCGCAGCCGUCGGGAUUGGCGUCGCCGGAGGAGGGGAAGCCGGCGCCGUGUCGACCAGCAGGAGAGUUUUCAGGAGCUCUAAGAUUCCGGAGAGCGAGUUCACCACUCUGCCUAAUGGCAUCAAGUACUACGACAUCAAGGUCGGAGGUGGGGCUAAAGCUGUUAAGGGAUCCCGUGUCGCAGUACAUUACGUGGCCAAGUGGAAGGGCAUAACAUUCAUGACAAGCAGGCAGGGUCUCGGUGUCACUGGUGGAUCGCCGUAUGGGUUUGAUGUUGGCAAUUCCGAAAGAGGCAAUGUUCUAAAGGGAUUGGACCUAGGGGUUGAGGGAAUGAAAGUUGGUGGCCAAAGGUUGAUCAUAGUUCCUCCUGAGCUUGCUUAUGGAAAAAAAGGCGUUCAAGAAAUUCCUCCUAAUGCAACUAUUGAGCUGGAUGUUGAACUACUGUCAAUCAAACAGAGUCCAUUUGGGAGUCCUGUGAAGAUCGUUGAAGGAUAAGUUGUGCAAUUGUCUUCUUUGAUUCCAGUAUGCGAUUAUAAUACAUUUUUCCGAUGUAAACAGGAAUGUAUAUACACAUUUAUCAAAAGAAGUCACAGUAAUCAACCAAAAUGUAAAGUGAAAGAGAAAAGGGAGCCCUAAAAGGAGUAAAUAUUCAUCUUUUAAAGGAAGAUGCUAUAUUUAUUCCUGUAGACAAGCCUUGUCUGUGUAUUAUGAGUUGGUCUAUGUUUCGGGUUACCUGCCUGAAUACUCUUUCUUCGCACAAUUUACUAUUAGUGCUUAUAUACAGUUAUCUACCAUA